CCCAGACCGUUUAUUCCGUGGCGAUCCGGGACGCUUGCAUGCAGCGACCUUCCAGCGAUCUGCCUUGGACCUGGCUUGGCUUGACCAAGGCGUGGGACCCAACUCCAUCGAUCCAAAAUCAGAUGCCUUAACCGCGUGCCACGGCGGUGCUAUGAUUAAUGAAAUGUUACAGACGUCUAAAGCUUCAAACAUCAUAACAUUUAAUCAAGUUUAGUUUUACACCACAUCGUAAGUGCUACCCAUGGAAAAGGUGAUGAUUGAAUGGGUGGGAAAAUCCAAUGGACAUGUAAACAGGUGGAAAAUCAGCAGCCACCCAACCACCAGGACUCGCGUAAUUAGCACAAGUCUUUAACGAGGAGGUAGAGCGAAAUCAGCUGGCUGAGUUAAUGUGUGGAAGAAACACAUGGCAGGACAUUUACUUUCUGACCCCUGCACCUUCCACCUCUGCAUGUCUAUACUGGACAUACGUGCGUAGCGUUUUACAACUUGUUAAAGACCCUAAUAUUCUGCUCCCCGUAAUGUUUUAGUUUCGGGAGAACGCCUUCGCUCCAGAACAGCAGUAAUUUACAUCAUGGCCUCGGCUCUGUCGUCCUCAGUGCGUGGCCAUCGCUGGAGACGCGGUAGAGGCGGGGCUUCUCUCCUUACAGCGCCUGUCAAUCACUCAGCCAGCCAGUCGGUGUGACCGACCUUCGCGUUGGCCGUGAUGGAAAUGAGACGCCUGAAACGCGAUCUCCAGACCCUGCUGGGAGACUACAUCGGACAGAGAAUCCGAGAGAAACGCUUCGAUCCCAGGGGUAAGGCUGCCACCAUGCUCGAUGACUUGGCGCACUAUGACCUGGCCAUCACCGUGGCCCUCUGCUGGCUCGACAGGGGCGAGGGCCAAGACGGCGUCGAUAGUGACCUCAUAGCGGUCACCAGUCCUGGGAACGGCCAGUACCCCAACCACCUGGAGCGGGAGGCCAUGAUCCUGUCCACCUUCGCCGGGAUGGUCCUGAACAGCCUCCCUGUGGAGGAAGUCCUGUCCCUGUACAGCUGCAAGCCGUCCGCCUCGUACCCUCAGGAACGCACCAAGAGCACCAUCGUCCACCCCUUCACCCUGUCCUCCCACCCCUUCGCCAUGCUCAAGUCCUACAAGGCCGUGGCUCACUCCAGGAGACACACCCAGUUGCUGCAGCGCUGGAGGUCUGGCCAGUCUAAGUGUGAGUCCAGGACGUCAGCACAGUCCCCACCCUCAUCCUCAUCCUCAUCAUCAUCAUCCUCAUCCUCAUCCUCCCCCUCACCACAGCCCCCCUCCCUCAGCGACAGCGAGCACUUCCUGAGAGAUCUGACGGAACACUACGAGGGCUCAGCGGAAUCCCUGCAGGACUGAGCCCCGCCCCCGCCCAUUAUGACGUCACAAGAGCAGCUCCGCCCAGAUCGCCGAACAUUCCAUCGCAUGAACAAAACCUCAACAGACUUCUGCGUGAAUAACAGUUCCAUCUAUUUCUGCGACUCAUUUAUCUGCACUAUAUUUAUUAUAAUAAUUGUUUGUGAAAUUCGCCUAGUGUUCUUAAUGCAACCUGCAAACCUUCUUUUGUCUCCGCCACUCUGCACUUUAUAGACAGUGUGUUAAGCUAUGUGUUUAUUCAUUAUUAAUAGGAAAUAAAAUGUCAAUAAAAUGUA